AUAUUUGUAACAAACACAGUGAACGUGAUGUGAAAAGAAAUUACGAAUACUCGCAAACGACGAGCGCAGUAAAAGACGAAGAGGAGGGAUUGUCAUAAUACACAGCGGCCCACGUCAGAGUCUGUUACCGUGCACUCUUCGUUAAUUUUAGUACACGCUCCACUACCGUCUAGCCCGCGAAGACGAUAGUCGCUAAUGAUAUCGGGCCAAGAACACCGAAUAGUGUCACAACAUUGAACCAGGCAGUCCGCAAGCAGCUAAUAUCAGCCGACAGCUAACUCCGAAAUCUCUCAUCUCGUGCAUCAACAAUUAUUAACGAUGACGCGCAUUUAUUUUCUAAUCUUCUGUUACAUUUUAAAUGCUGCAGUAAGCGAGCCAGCUAUGUGGCUGAUGCAGGGCGACGUGUUCACCGAGGACGAAGUGACGUCCCGGCUCAUCCAGCUGGAUACCCACAAGUCGAACUUCUCGGUGAGCACCAGAGCAGAGGUGCACUACUGGGCUCGACCGGGCAAGCUCAUCAGCUGCGUGAUUGCCGCGUCUGUCUAUCAGCAGGGUCAUGUGAGCGUGGUGGAGGGCGGCUACGGUGCCAAGAAGGUGCGGGUCCGUUACGUGACGAAAACCGGCAAACCGGACGUUUUCUUCGUUCUCGUACAGGCCGCGAGGAAGGAAUUGGUGUCCGUCGAAGGAAACGUCGUGAAAAGCCCGAGAGUGGACAUCGUCUACGGACCCAUGACGAAUUGGACCUUCGCGGAGAUACAGGAUGCCUUACGCAAUUAUACUGAUAUCUUUCCAUCGUAAUGCCAAUGCGUUGAUUUCUUUUUCACAAGAUAAUGAUGACGUCUCAUAAAAAUACUUGGAAUUUAUACUGCUAAUCGUUAAUUAAUAACAGAGCGUUUACUGAAAUCUUGUAAAAAAAUUUUCUGAAAAUUCCCAGGAUUUUCCAAGUAUUUUUAUUCAAAAUUCUAAGUAAAAUUAUAGAGAAUUUUUUUAUAGAACUUUGAAAUGACUUAGAGUGUAAGAUAAUGUAUAUAUGGCAGGUUCUGUAACCUAGGAGUUCUGAGAGGGACGGGAAAGAGAUUUCGUGGCACGAGAUAUUUUAUGUCCGGCGGGCGCUCGGAGCAAGAGAGGGGAAGAGUGCGUAGGUUCUUUUCUUCUCUCUUCUCAUCUUCCUCGGAACUCCAGGAUUAGAACCCAUCAUAUACAUACACUACUAGUGUAAGUAACGCAACAAGCUAUAUACAUAUAUUGUAAAUUUGUAGAAAAAGGGAUUUCACGAAAUUCUAUUUUUUUCUACAAUUGUAGCCGCAAAAUCUAGAAUAGUACAGAGAAGAUUCAUAAUACAGUAUCAAUGACUACCAUCAUCUUAAUUUUUAAAAAAUAAAAACUCGUAAGAUGCACGAGAAUGUGAAUAUAUACGCGGAUGUGUGUCAUACUUAUGUUAACCGAUUGUCAACAUUUUGCCUUAUCAAACAAAGAAAUAAUUAAACAACGUUUUCAGAGAGAGAGAAAUUAAAUUAUCGAAUUUAAAUUUAAAAGUAUAACAAUUCCAAAAUUUGAAUACUGGUAAAAUUUCAUGAAAAUUUCUGAUUUUCCAAAUAAAAAAAAGAAAUUCCCUGAA